ACAAAAAGUGAAAAGCAGAGAGAAAAAAUAACAGAGGAAUGCCACAACUUUCCUCUGUCAAUAGCAAAAAAGAACUACAGAAACUCUUAUUUAUCUGCUUCUUCUUCUUCCUCAGUUCAUCUGAAUUGAUCACUGCAAUCUAUCCAUGGAAGAUCAAUGCACGUCUCUUAGCUGGGAAUUCUGCUCUCAAGAAGAUGGAAUGGAGGAGCUGAGGCAUGCUCUUUUUUACACAACUUUGGAGCUUGAAACAACAAUCAUGUCAGCUAAGGAAGAGAUUUUGAGAAGAGAAUGUGAAAUUUUGAACCUCAGAGAUCUUCUGAACAGAGCCAUUAAAGAGAAAGAUGAAGUUGAAGCAAAAUGUGGGAAGUUGAUGUUUGAGAAUCUGAUGAUGCUUCAACAGAAAAAGAAUCAAGAACAAGAAGUCACUCCACAAAGUGACAGUGAUUCUGAUGACAACACAAUUCAGUCUUCUCAAACUGACCCAGUUGUGGGAGAGCCAUUGUUACCUCAAGAACUCCCACCAACUGUUUGGGAAAAUGCCUCUGAGGACGUCCCACCAACUGUUCGGAAAAAUGCCUCUGAGAAGCCAUUGCCUGAGAUAGGCAAGCUUCUACAGGCAGUUAUAGAGGCAGGCCCCCUCUUGCAGAACCUCCUCCUCGCCGGGCCGCUCCCUCACUGGCAGCACCCGCCACCGCUCGUCGACUCGGUCGACAUCCCACCCGUGAUCAUCUCUCCCCGCCCUUCACAGCUUCCAGCUCAAAGCUCUUCCAUUGACAUCAGAAAGAGAAGCCAUUCUCUGCUCUCUGAUGUCUCUCAACAUUCCCACAACAAGCAUCAAAAACUGGCACAGUAAUAGUCCCAAUGACUCUUGAUUUCUCAUUCUCUCUACUUUUUUUCAAUGCCCAUCUGCUGAUUUACUGUCAUCCUUUUUUUCUUU